AUGAUAACUAAAAAUGAUUCUAAAGGAAAAAAUCAUUUAGGUAUUUUAUCAAAGUUACUCCCUAUUUUGCGUAGAGAGUCUAUCAUCGUGCAUGACCUAGCACAACAUCAUGGUAAAGAAUCGCUUUCAGAAAGGUAUCGUGGUAUUUGUAAAUUACCUGGUGGAAAAAAUCGAAGAUUAGAUUUAUUCACAGUUCCUUACAAUGAAAUCGGGGCAGCUUUAUUAUCUUACACGGGAAAUGAUUUGUUUAAUAGAAGUAUGAGAUUAUUAGCCAGGAAAAAAAAAAUGAGAUUAAAUCAUCAUGGAUUAUAUGGAAAUAUAAUUCGUGGUAAUGGAGCAAUAAAAUAUUCGGAGGGUACUUUAAUUGCUCAAAAAACCGAAAUUGAAAUAUUUGAUGCAUUGGGUGUUCCAUAUAGAUCUCCAGGAGAAAGGAAUUGUUAG